GCAGCCGCAGUACCAUGUAAACACAACUGCUGCGGUUGGCUGUGGUUGUAGCUGGGACUGUUAUAGUUAGCUAGGUUGAAGCAAAAGAGGUGUAAUUUUACUCCGGCUGUGAAACAGUUGAAUCUUAUCAAAGAAACUAAGCGAUACCUGCUGUAUGUGCUGUGCUCAGCAAGCUAAUGAAGAGAAGCGGCUACAAACAUUAGCUAGCGGCGACGUUAGCUUACAACCUAACGUUACAGCGUUGUGGGACUGGCUAGCUUAACGCUAGGUCGUUAACGCCCGAUCUUUGUACUAUUUAAUAGCCAAUUACUUAAAGUAUCGCUGUAGUUAAUUAUAUCAGAAUCAUCUUUUAGUAUUUGCCAAGAUGACUACAAGUAUCUCGUCGAUAUUAAACGUAAUUAGCUAGCGAGGCAAGGUUAGUUUGCUAACUCAGGUGAUAGGCCGUCGACUGACAGGAAACGAGUCGAUAACGCCGACCAGCCUUCCAGUCUGGUCCGAACAAAUACAAAGGAAACUCGUCGAGAUUGAUUUUAGUGUCAUCAUAUGUUGACUGAAAACAGGAAACGGCAGCGCAGUGGUGGUGAUGAGGAGAGCGGCCACCUGGUGCCCCAAGCCAAAAGGCACAGCAGAGGUCAUCCUCUCUCUCCUGAGCCGGGCCGGGAUGCCUGGGACUCUGAGUCAUCCAACAGCGAGAGCAGCAGCAGCAUCAGCAGUCCAGAACACGCGGCUGGGAGUCAGUGUGUUGUGGGCCCCUGCAGUCCCCUCAGCUCCGGUGAGUCCUCAGAACCGGCCGGCCCUACAAACCUGGCGUCCUACCUGCAGAUCAACCGCAUCCUGAAGCAGGCCCACUUCCAGAGCCUGCAGAGCCGAGGUCACCUCAGAGACACAUGACGACCUUAUGUCUCUCUGUCAGCCACCAGAGGAUCUGAGUCCCUGAGGCAUGUCAGAGGAUCACAUGCUGAUUCACUUCACUCAGCUCUUCCCACCCAUCUCCAGUUACUGUGAUAUCUCACAGCUCUACAUAUCUGUGGAUGGAGACCAGCUCCUGGUCAGGUAUCUGGAGGGGGUUCACCAUUCAAAUAAAUCAAAAUGAUAAUCAUUUUAGCAAUAAUAACUGUGUGAUCAACAUAAACAUGUUUUGUGAUCCACUUGAUUUCUGACCAGUCUGGUUUACAUGCUGCUCUCGGAGCCUUAUUGUGACUGAUUGACGAUGAUGAAUCCCUGUGUUUUGUCUUAAAUGUUGUAUGAAAACAGUGCUACUGUAGCUGCAGAAAUGGCACCAAACACAAUUUUUAGGCCGGUCAGUGUGACCUGUUUAGUCUCCUAGUAGGGUACUUGGGGUUGUAUAAUGCUGAAUCUGAUGUCUGUGUAAGUACAUAGACCAGUCUCAGGGAGGAUUUGCACUUGUCUUGGACUGCUUGUUUGCUUUCAUAUUCAGACAGGGACUCCUUUACAGGAAAAUGUAGAAGCCAUGGGAGUUAACUUGGCCAAGGAGGUUAUUUUUCAUUUUAUAAUUUUAUCAGUUAAUAUUAUUUAGUAUUUAAAGCUCUUUUCCAUAGAUUUCAGUUAGAUGUAGUGGAGAGUCGGCCCAUGGAUUUUUAGCAUGGAUCACAAUGUUUUUCAAAGGAAGACAGGGAAUUUUGAACACUUAUGCUAAUUUUCCAUCAGCUACUGCACUUGGUUUAAAAAAAAAAGUAUACAGUAUGUUUAUUGUUCCUGUUCAAAUUUUUAGAAACAGUCUAUUGUGCAGCUUUGGCAGUAGCACGCACAGGUGUCGCUUUCUAGCCGUCAUUUGUUUUAUUUUCUCUCGAUCAUGGAAUAGAUGAGUGAUUACAUGAUCUCGGCAUAAGAAUCGCUUGUUUUCCGGCGAUCACUGCAUUAUGUGAUCUCGACAUAAUAUUGCAUACUGUCUUCUCAUGACCAUUAAAUAAUAAUGCCAUGGAUUGUGCUGCCAAACGUCACUGCUCAUAUUUUACAUCAGACUUCAAUACCGUUGAUGUUUAAACGGAUGCAACUGCAACCAAAGGAAGUGUCCAUGUAAUAUUACUGUGAUAUUCAGGGAGUGAUGGUGCUCCUGCGGUUGUCGGCAGUUGUUUAACAAUCUAAUGACACAAAGCAGUAUCGGAUAGAGAUUGCUUUGUAUGGAUUAUAGUUAAUUACAACAUCUGGCACGUCUUCUCUAAUAAUUGUGAGAAUACAAAUCAAUUUAUGUCAAGAUCAGUCACGGGACAACAAAGAUUACUAUGCCGACAUCAUGAGGGAAUCAUUUAGAAUAUUUUAUUAUGAGAUUAGAUCAGAUAAGUGAAGCAGUUAUGGUUAUUUUUGUUUUUGUUUUUUUGUGAUCAUGGGCAAAUGCAGUGAUCACCAGCUUCUUAUGACCACAAAGAGAAAACAAAAACAUAGUUACACCCAUGACCUCUACUGCCUUUCAAGCUCCUUUAGACUUUCUCAAUAUAUAUUUUUUAAUUGUAUGGAGGGCUGUUUGCUGUGGCGUUUGAGCAUAUUGGAAAACAUUGUUCUUUCUGUCCAGAGGGCGGGGGGUUACAGUAGGAACAAAAAGACAUUCCCCAGGCUUUGUUUGCAAUAUUACUGGAGCCACUAAAAUGCUGUUUGAAUUGCAGACGAGCCUUUUCUGCCUGUGCACUACCAUCCGAUGGUUGCUGUAUGCGUGUCCCUGUGCACUGAACAUCCAGGUACAAGCACUGACCGUAAGGCUGUGCCUCUCCUUUUCUUAAAGGUGGAUAGGUUUCAUGCUGAACCCUCAUCCCAGGAGUAAGCUCUGCUGUUUGUUUAGUUUUAUUAUUAUUAUUUUUAUUUUAUUUUUUCAGACUGGUGUUUCAGAAAUAAAAGCAUUUUGAAGA